AUUAAUAUAUUUACUGGCACACAGAGUUAGCUGAUCAACGGGAAUAAAAAAAAAAAAAAGAYAKAAAGAACCAAUGAUCAAGCCUUUUCAGUUGUGAGGAAACUGGCAGAUCCCCAACUUUGUUGACCGGACAGAUGAGGGUCCAGAAGGUGACUAACAGGAUGAGGCCACGUGGGCCUCGCUGGGAUUACAAAGCAGCAAGAAGAGGGUAAAGAGAUUAGACUCAAAACAGAGCCUGCUUUUUUAACCUCCUCUCUGUAGUCACACAUAGAGAGCAGGAGACUCCAGGUCUGAGUUUCAAUCCGGAUCCCGAAGCCCUCACCUUGAUCUGUCCACUGUCCACUGUCCAUGCACCCAUGCGGUCACCUCUCUUCAGCACAAGGAUCCAACGACAAACAAGUGGGACAACCGAAUCAGAGCACAACUGAUAGGAGUGAGCCGGACGGCUGCGUUUGUCGCCUCGCCAUCAGUGGAGACGCCUCAGCAAAUUCUCCUAAUGGACUUGAGCUAAGAAGAUUCUGGAUUUUAUUGUUGUUUGCAACUUUCUCUUUACAAAUGAUUACUCUGGAGCUGAAAGGCACAUAAAUCAGCCCAUCAUGCUUUUAAAAUCAGGAGUACUUCUCACUUUCUGUCUGUUCACUCUCCAAGCAAGUCAAAUCAAAGAUCUUCACAGCUACGGUUUUUCUGGACUCAGGGAUGUAAAGUACAGACACUUUCUGGAGGCGUCCCGUCCCGUCGGACAUGGGACCAACGUGGGAGCGGAGCAGGAUGGCCGUCGGGUCAAGAGGUCAACGCUUUUUUCUACGGGGGUCAAAGUGUGCCCCCAGGACACGGCGAAGGCAGUGAUUGGCAGCCACCGAGCCUAUUACAAACUCAGAGUUUGUCAGGAGGCCAUCUGGGAAGCAUUUCGGAUCUUUCUGGACAGAGUCCCGAACCCGGAGGAGUACAGGGCCUGGGUGUACACCUGCCAGCACCAGAACCUCUGCAUGGAUGACCUGGCCCAAAACUUCAGCAGCUCUCAGGAGCACCUGGACAUGGUGGCCAGAGUAGUGGCAGAGAAGCCUGAAAGUGAUGGUUUUGCAGCUGCCACUCAAAAGCCAGGCAGUGAAUGCACCUGGAUCCCGCCUGUGAUUCCAACUGAAGGGGUUAAAGAAGAUCCCAACGUGAUCAAAGAGAACUCUGAGGAGUACAUCGUCGAGUUCAGCAUCACCAUCAGAGACCCGACGUACAGCGAGCUGCUCAGCGACCCCGCCGCGUCGCAGUAUGAUGACAUCACCAAAGAGCUCAGGGGCAAGAUGCUGCACGUCUUUGAAAAAGUCCCAGGAUUCAAAGAAAUCCGUGUUCUGGGAUUUCGAUCCGAYGACGUGUCCAUGCGUUGCGCCGUGGUCUUUAACGGGGAAACGCAACUCAACGAUGACCCUGAGGGGUUUGUGGAGGAGGUUGAGGCAGAAGCAAACCAGGACGUGAAUGCUCCGAAACUGAAGCACAUCAUUGCGACGGCCUUAAAGCAGGAGCCGACUCUCCUGAUGGACAUACAGACCCUCAGCUUUGAGGCUGUAACCACAGUUUAUCCAGUGGCAGGGCAUGAAAUGAGCCCUGCUGAGGAGGGUGCACCAGAGGGUGUCGACACCCCCACCCAAAGUUUAUCCCCCACCGUGGCGGACAUAAAAAACUGGCUGGAAGCUCCAUUCACUGUCAAACCAGAAACGCACUCCUUCGUGCCUUUAAAGCCCAACACCCRCCCCGGGGCCYCCGCUGCCGAGACUCCUUUAAUGGCAGCUGCAGAAGARGAGUCCACAAAAACAACAGAAUCGGAGAAGGAAGAGGAGACAGCGAUGGAGGAGAUAACUGAACCCAGCGAUGAAGAGCCUGAACUGUCUAACGCAGACAGCGGUGAACAUCUAGAAGACUUCAUUGUGGUGACAUCAGGCCCCCGGUCUGAUGAAGUGUCCACUGAUGCACCAUUUGAAGUUAACGUCAACCCUUUGGAAUCUACGUCCCCCACAGUUCCACACAAACCUGUCAUGGUCCCUUCAGUUUCCACCCCUUCCCCCGCCAAGGACUCGGCCCAGGGCGGUGAACCAGAAGCAGAUGUGGCGCCUCUGCCGUCACCCGUGGACAGAAACCAUGCUCCUGAAGAUGGGUCUGAUCUGAGCAGAGGGUACAGCGGAGUGACUCCCCUCACGGCGCAGGAAGCAGGGCCYAGUCAGAGCGAGACAGAGGCGGAGGUCACAGAGCCACUGGAGGAAGAGGAGAGCGGCAGCGGGUUCGCCUCGGAGUCUGAUGAGCGCCCGUAUGAAUCCACAGCUGCGCCUUCCAUGAGACAAGCCAGCACCCCUCUGAUGGUGGCAGUGGACAGGAGCAAAGAGUUGGUGGUGUUCUUUAGCUUGAGGGUCACUAACAUGAUGUUUUCUGAUGACCUGUUCAACAAGAGCUCACCUGAGUAUAAGUCACUGGAGAAUACCUUUCUUGAGCUGACACAGCACUCUGGGUCCAGAACCUCACCAAACCCUGGAGCAUCCAGGAAAUCUGGGCCUAGGAGACAAACAACGUUAGCUUCCAUUCCGCUUUUGCCGUAUUUACAGUCAAAUCUGACUGGAUUCAAGCAGCUGGAGAUUCUCAACUUCAGGAAUGGGAGUGUUGUGGUGAACAGCAGGAUGAAACUGGACCGGCCGGUCCCGUAUAACGUCACAAAGGCUGUCCACUGUGUUCUGGAGGACUUCUGCAACGCAGCAGCUGCGCGGCUUGACAUUGAGAUUGACAGUCGGUCUUUGGAGGUUGAGCCAGCUGACCAAGCAGAUCCCUGCAAGUUCCUGGCCUGCAACGAGUUCUCCCGCUGCGUGCUGAACAGCCGGACCAACGAGGGCGAGUGUCUGUGUGACCCCGGCUACAGCACCGUGGAUGGGUCUCCCUGUCAGAGCGCCUGCACCCUGCAGCCAGAUUACUGCCUGAAUGGAGGCCUGUGUGAAAUAAUCCCAGGUCACGGAGUCAGCUGCAGAUGCCCCGUGGGUCAGUACUGGCAUUACCACGGAGAGCGCUGCAGCGAGCUGGUAUCGGUGCCRGUAGACCCUCCUCUCAUUAUAACCUGCCUCGUGGGAAGUCUCUGCCUCGUUUGUGCCAUCAUUGGUGUUUUAAUAUUCAUCAACAAGAAGUGUGUAAAACCCAGAAAGGCUYUAACUUUGGUGCACACCCUCGCGCCGUACGCCUUUGAAAACACMCUGAGGGAGAACCCCGUGUUUGAGAACGACGACGGCAUCUUAACGCACGUGUCCACGUUACAGUGUCCUUCGAGCUCUGCCUCGUCCCAGUCCCAACAGUCUGAGCAGGAACAUUUUGCCUCAAUCGAAAAUAUCCGACUGAGUAUCGAGAUCCCCAGACAACUCUACACAACCAGAUCAGAAAAGUUAGUGUCGGGAAUGGUGGGUUUCCAUCACAGCAUGCCACACAGCGAGCUGUAUGACGUGAGCAAAGACGUGGCGACUGCCAAAUGAGUACAGAACGUGUUGCUUUUUAAGGARGUCGGACAACGACUGUUUUGAGGUGACGGUGGUCUGAAAACAACACAAGCUGUGACCACAYAGACACGGUGCUGCCGGUGAACUGUGGUUAGUUGUGCCGUAGACAAGUCAUUAGGCCAAUUUUUGUCUGGUGAUGAAAGCCUGUUUAUAGACAGCGAGCUCUGAAGUCUAAGAAUUUAUUUAUUACAUGUUUUGAGCGGUAGGAGUUAUCCGUCUACAGUCCACCCUUGGCAAAGAUUGUUGUUUCCUCACAGUGAGGUUUUUAUAUAAACUGAUACACAUGGCUGUAUCUAAUUGUAGCUUUAGAUUAAWAUGUUUCAUGUUAAUGCCAUUCUUUAACACAGUUGUGUAUAAAAAUGAACAAAAGAGAAUGUACUGUAUAAGCUAUUGACUUUUGUCAUUUCACAAAAUGUAUCUCAGUCUGUCCUGGUCACAGUUUUACAGCUAAUCAUUUGUCUCUUACGACUUGGACAUACUUUUUAUAUAUUUUGCAUUUGCAGCAAAACAAAUAAAAAUGUUUGAAUUCA